AUGAAAACGGGCGAGUUUCCAUCGCCAUCGAACUAUGAUCUCGUCAUUCUCACCGGCGGAACGGGCGAUAUCGUGGCCGAGAAACCAGACGAGUGGAUUGUCGCCACGAUGCAGUUUAUCCGAGACUGCCAUGCACAGUCUACUUGUAAGAUACUGGGGAUCUGUUGGGGACAUCAGGCUGUGUCGAGAGCGAUGGGGGGGAUAAUUAAAGAGGAUCAACUCGGAGUAUAUGAAAUCGAAUUAACAGAAGCAGGCAAAUCUUUUUUUCAUCGAGAGAGUAUUAAUCUUCAUAAAUUCCAUCGACGACGGGUUCUCAGCACACCUCCCGGCUUCAUCGCGCUGGCAGAGAGGGAGACCUUCCUCUCUUCUACUGGCAGAAUCCUGACUCUCCAAGGACACCCGGAGAUGGACGAGAGUGUGUCAAAACUGCUGCUGACGAAUGAUGCCGGUUUCUACACGCGUGACAACAAGGAACAGUUUGUCGAGAGGAUAGAGAGAGAGCAUGAUGGUCUAGAUGUCUUCAAGGUAAUCAUGGAGUGGGCAGUAGUAUAGAUAGAGUAUCAUUUCAAAAGCUUUUCUACCCUC